UUUUUGACAGUUUUGAGGUUACGACUUUCCAUUGGAUUUAUCUGCUGAAGAAAUUCGCGAGUACUGUGAAUUGGUAAUUUCUUAAAAUAUUUCAUUAAAUAAAAAUAUGUAACUCUUUUGACAUCGUUAUACAUCAGCCAUUAUUGAAAUUUUUGUGGUCGAAAGCCAAUUACAUAAUACGCAAUCACAAUGUCGCAGGCUCCAGUACGUGUAUCGCCUUUAAUCAAAUUCGGCCGCUGGUCAUUGCUCUUAGUCGGCGUUGGUUAUGGAGCUUUCCAUCAGAACAGAUUGUCCAAAAAGGAAGAGAAAGUUCGUGAGAUUGAAGCCCAGCAAAAGGUCGUUCGUGAUGCCAAAUUGGCUGAAGAGAAAAAGCGUGCGGCAGCAGCUGAGGUUCGUGCAUUAGAGGAACUGUCCAAACCAACUCCAAAGCAUUAAGUUAUUCUUUUCAGUAAGAUUUAUAUUUUAGAUUGUUUCCAUCGCAAACGAAAAGCCGCGAUGUAAAUAAAACCGAAAACUUGUACAUCAAUUAAA